UCUCAGUGACUUGAAGCAGUCAGUCUCGCCGAGCUGCUGCUCUUAUUUAGUUCUUUUGUUAGCAUAUGCUAAACGAUUGUUUCGUGCCGUUUGCACGUUAUCGUGGGAGGCAGUGUCCGACUCUUCUAAGGCUGCUUGCAAGGAUGUUUAAAAUUAUAAUGUUGUUGCCGUUUUAAAUAUAAUUUUUAAGCAGUGGUCGAUGUGAUAUGACUCGCUUUACGCGGAAGAGAAAACCUGUUGCUCAACGCGUCGGCUUAAAUGCAUCAUGGGAAUUGUACAAAUCCUUAAGUGAUGAAGAGAAUAAGAGGAUAUUUGGAAAGUGUAACAACCCCAAUGGUCAUGGCCACAACUACAAAGUUGAAGUGACAGUACGAGGGAAGAUUGACCAAGACACAGGAAUGGUGAUGAACCUAACUGAUCUUAAGCAGUAUAUAGAGGAGGCCAUCAUGAAACCCCUUGACCACAAAAACCUGGACCUGGACGUGCCGUACUUUGCUAAUGUCGUCAGCACGACUGAAAAUCUUGCUGUAUAUAUUUGGGACAGCAUCGUCAAGCUUCUUCCACCUAAUAUGCUCUACGAGAUCAAGGUGCAUGAAACGGAUAAGAACAUAGUUAUAUACAGAGGGGAGUAGAUCACCAGUGUGUUUUCUGAAUGCUGUUCUGAAUACAGGCUGCAGAUUGCAGGUCAGGAGGGGAAAGCUGUAAAUCUCAGUCCUUAAAGGUUGUAUUAGAUUAGAGUAGCACCUGCUGUGGCCUACACACCACAGGCUCGAUGGUGCUGGAUUAGCGUAAGGCACAGAGAAUUUGGCUCAGUCAUCGACCAUGUGAGAUUGAUCCUAUUAAACACGGAGCUUACAGCACACAAAAAUCUUUUUCCAAAUUAAUUAACAGUCGUUAACCUCUUUUCUCUGUCUCCCUUUUGUCUUAUGGCUCCCUUUUGAGAGCCCGUGUUGGAAAAAAACAGCCAUAUGUGAUAUAAAAGUGCAAUGUAAAUAUUAAAUACUUUGUACUUAUGUAGUAAACUUGAGAUUAAUAGUUAAUUUGAUUAAAUAUAUAUAUAUGUAUAUGUAUAUAUAUAUAUAUAUAUAUAUAUAUAUAUAUGUAUGUGUGUGUGGAGGGAAAAAAAUGCUCAGUUUUUAUCUCCACACAAAGUGACAUUCUGACUGCUACCACUAGGGGGCACUUUGGAAUUUUGUUUUGGAACCCAACAACAGGGUCAUUUGUGAGUUUCUCCAUGGUGAACCCUUGGCUGCUUAAAUAAAAAUAUUUUCAUGUUUUGUGUAGUGGAAGAAAUUUGUUUAUGCCUGAAUUUUUGCAUUAUUUGACAUCAUUUUUGUUCAAAUGUUCUUUUUAAUCAUCUAACCUGAUUUACACUUAAAAUAAACUUCAGCACUGAAGACA